GCCGGUGUCCGAAUCGAGUAAUCAUUUUCAUUUUAUCAUAACAGGAAAUUUUGUUAAGAGUAUUUUAUGUCAGGAGUAUUUCAAAUGUAUGAAUUUCAUAAUUAAACCAUGUGAAGCAAAGUCGCAGAAUGGAUAGAGGACAACUGAUCAAUAUUAUGCACAAGUUACAAGUUACUCGAAUGAAGUCACACUCGCAGUCACGGUCACGGACUUGACGAAUACUGUCAACAUUCAGAAGACAGGACAGCGCCUUGGACUAUUUCACAACAUGUCUGCUGAAGUUGAAGAAACUCUGAAGAGAAUCCAGUCUCAUAAGGGUGUUGUUGGAGUUAUUGUUGUGAAUGCUGAAGGAAUCCCAAUCAAAAGCACUUUAGAUAAUCCAACAACUAUCCAGUAUACUGGAUUGAUUAGUGGGCUUACAGAUAAGGCUCGAAGUGUUGUUCGUGAUCUGGAUCCAACAAAUGACCUUACAUUUUUAAGAGUUCGAUCAAAGAAGCAUGAAAUUAUGAUUGCUCCAGAUAAAGAGUAUAUGCUUAUAGUUGUCCAGAACACCAGUGAGUAAGGAAGGAAUUUGUAAGUGGUUUAUAUGAAAAUUAUUUUAUGUUGACUCAUCUCCAAUAACCAUUGAUUACUGUUACUUAUGUUUCAAAUAAAAGCUUUGUUGAUUUGAA